GCUUUGCGAAGCGUGGCGGAGUCAUGCCUCCGAGCUCGUAUCACUGCUGGUCACCUGUGACCUAGAGGAGGACCUAGCCGGCUGAAGCGGCACACGUGAUGAGAGUCCUUCAUAUCGGUCUCUAGGCUUGGGGCUAGGCCUUGGCUACUAAGUUGAGAAAAUGGCAGAUUUUAAUGAAAUUUGUUACAAAUUAGAUAAAUUAGUUAUACAAUAUUUUAAACUAUUAGAUGAAAUUCAUGAUGAUAGAAUUCAAUUGGAAAGUGUGUUGAAACAAGGAUGUUUUAAUCUUUCAAAAGCAAGAUAUUCAAUGGGAAACAAAGCAGUUGGAAGUUUGCAAUACAAUUCCAACUCCAUGAAGGCCCUGGCAAAAAUCUCUAUCAAUGAAGAUAAUGAAGAUUUGUUUGAACUAACAAGAAAAAAGCCAACAAACAAGUCAGCUAGAAAAUCACAUAUUGAUAUCAGUAGAGAUGACUUGCUAUCGAAAGAAACAACUGUUCGACGAAGAAAGGGACAAAAAGAGACAGAUUCAGAUGAUUCCGUGGCCACCUCUAGACUUGAAGAACUCACAGUGAAUGAUGACAAGUUAUCAAGUACUCAAGAUGAUACUAAAAGUAAUGAAGAGGUGCUAUCAGAUCCCAUCAAAUGGUUUGGUAUACUUGUCCCAAUGGCUCUAAGACACGGCCAGUCAGACUUUACACAAGCUAUAACUUUAUGUUGUCAUAUUGCAAACCUUCAGAGGAAGUUACUUGCAACAAAAGCAGAAUAUGAAGCUCUUUACUCUGAAAAGCAACUCUACCAAGAAAAGUCAAGUGAUGCAAAGAUUUCAUCAUAAAUACUGUAUGACAUGGAGAGCCCAGUAUGUCUAAUGCAGUAUAUGUAAUAAAGAAUAUUUAAUAAUUUUAAUAGUAUAUGUGAGUGAUUGUUGCAUUGGUUGGCUUACAGGUUGAUAAGUUUCAAAGUUGGAGGAUCAAACUGCUCGCUUGCAUUGUGUUUUUUGUCCUUUGGUACAAAUGGUUACCUAGUGGUUCGACCGAGUAGCGAAUGGACCUUUCCACUAAGCUCCGCCCCUUGGAUUUUGUUGCUAAGGUCCCACAAGACGGCAGUGUUAAAACAUACGCGAACACGUGCGUUUGUGGCACAACACGUGUGUUUGUAAGACGCGCGCGUAUUCCUAGCGCUGUUCUGAUUAGUCAGUUGUUAAGUUUGAUUGACACUCCGGAAAGGUCUAUUGAGUGGCAGGGGCAGGGCACCGCUAGCUACAGCCUUGACAUUGGUGCUAGUUUGAGCUGCUCUUCCCAGGGUUUGGUUGGUAGAACCAAGUCUUCUCAGAUUUAAAGACUUAAAAUUGAGGUCUAGUGCACCCCUUCCCUCCUGCCUUCGCCCCAGUCAUUUAUCACUACUCAAGUAUGUUUAAAAUAAUAUGCUUUCAAGUUAUCGUGAAACUAGACACCAUAAAAGAAGCAGACCUCAGACGAUUAGCUAAAUAUACGGAGUUUAAAAUAAAAAUUCAUUUUGUAUUGUGCAGUACAUUUUUUUUUCAUCUGAAGCUAGUGUAGUUAUAAAAUACUGAUAUAGUGUGAGCACCAAAUUUGAUGAGUAUGACCAAUUACGAUCUUUUAAGCCAACAUAAACCACUGUGUGGCAUCUUACAUGUACUGUACUAUUUAUUUAUGAGAAUAAAGUAAACAUUUGUCAAUUUGUA